AUGGCGUGCCCCACCAACAGGGUGCGCGGUGAUAAAAAGAACACGUCGACGCUGAUAGUGAUAAUGGAUGACGUGGCGCUCUCACGCUCUCGACGGCUGCUCGCGGAGCUCUCGGAGCUCACGGAGGAGCCGCCGGACUGCCUGAUUACCAUGGAAAUGGAAUUCAAGUAGGAGGGACUUCGGUCCACACUUUUUCCGCUCUGUUUUUUGUCAGUGUUUUGGAGACAAGUGCAGCGGUUCGAAGAGCUUGAGUAAUAAAAAGCAGCGUUAAUUAAUGAGCAGGAAUAAUGUGUCUCCAAGGAUUUCUUUCAAUCGAAAUUCUCUGUUACAGAAAAAAAAGGUAGACUAUACGGUAUAUAAGUAUCCGUGUUGAUCGAAUUCAAGUGAGGAAGAGCCGAAAAAUGAAAUCAAGAUAAGAUACACAUUUAUUUAUAUAAAGACUUUCUGCGCUUAUAAAUUAACUUAAAUCAUUUAAGGCACUUGAAGUAAAUUUUAGCCAGGAACUUUUGAAGCUGAGAACUUCGCUCCUUUUUAUUGGAUGACGUAAAAUAUGCGUGAUUCAAUUGAUUCAAUCAGGUUAAUUGUCAAAAAGUAUGGAAUUCUUUUUUUGCUCUAUAAAAAUUUUGAAUAUGGAACUAGAAUGAGUUUCAAAAAAAAGUUCACAUUAAAGUUACUAGCUAAAAAAAUGCAAAUUUAUUCUGACCGCACCACCCAAGUGACCACUCAAUGUUCUGGCCACUUGUCGUUACGUCACAAUCCGCCGCCGAGAAGGAUUAAAAUCGUUCGGUAGGAUAUUCAAAUGCUAAUUGUUUGAUUGGCCGGUGCGAAAGCGCCUGAGAGUGAAUGUAUCCUUCAUAAUAUAAAAACUUAGAUGCGAAAGACAUCCUUGGUCUUACAGCAAAAAAAAGGACAGAAUUUUGACUUUCAAAAUGUUUGAACCGUGAUCUGAGAAAAUCUAAGAUAGGAAAUAACCACAUUACACAAAGGAAAUGCAAACCAUUUCAAAAAAGGCAAAAAAGAGUGAAAAGAAGAACAAAACUUCAUCAAAAGCGGUUCAUAGAAAAAUAAAGUUUACGGUCUCCAGAAUACUAUCGGUAUUAGAUUGCUUUUUAACUCGGAGUUCAAUUAUGUAAUUUUGCUCUCAGAAUAGAUUUUAAACUUUUUGUGCGAGUGCUUUAAUAGUCUUUCGAAAAAUGAACAAUUUUUAAUUUUUAAUUUUCAAAUUUUUUUCGAAUCACUGCCAGUCACUGGUGAUGUCUUUGAAAACAGGAACCUAUCACUGGCGUUUUUCCGAAACUUUGAAUAAAACGAAUACUCUCUACAGCUAAAUCAACGCAAUGACCUGCUCAAACAACACUUUUUUUUGUUAUUUUCCAUCAUUUAUUUUUUACAAAAUCAACAUGAUUUUCAAAAAAAAAAAGCUAUGUAACAUCAGAAACCUGACCCACGCGAAUAGAUUAAGUUUUCACCACAUUCUUCCCAUUUUUUUUUCUUGGAAUGCUCGAAGAAGUGUGUGAAGAACGAACGGCCGGAAGUUGUGUGGUCCUUUUCGUUGUUCUUUUUCUCAUUGGCCUCUUUCUAUCGAUUGCUAGGUCUUUUUUUGAAGCGAAAGAACUCUUGAAAUUCAUAAAAAGUUUGUACUCUGACGAUUAUUUAUUCCAGCCAAAAACUGUUAUUGACAAUUUUGCCUCCGCCAUCGUUUUGGACUAUUCAAUAGCAACUUCCCACACUUUCAUUCUUUUCAUUGUGCCUCAAAGUCUGUUUUCGAACUUCUGUCGAAUCUAGUAAAUUUCAUAAUUUUUUUAUAACUUUCAUAAUUUUUCUUAGCCUUUUUGAAAAAAAUUUUUACCAUUUUUUUAAUCUGAAAGUCAUAUGAAGCUUAAAGAAAGACAAAAUUUUAUUCACCUGUAGAGCACGAGAAACUUAAAAUUUGCAAAACUUUUUACGUCAAAAUAUCAAAACUUAAUUUAAGAAUGACUCUCAUCCUGAGUUUUUUUGAAUAUUAAAGUAUUUUUUUCUUUAACCAAUAGAUUGAUAGAUUCGAUAUUUUUCUCUCAUCGAGGAACUUUGAAUUGUGUAUUUAAAAUAAAUGAUAUCUGGAAGAUAAAGAAAAAAAGAAACCAAGAUUGAAUAAUUCAUUUACAUUUUUCUUAAAAAAAUCUAAUAUCUUUGAUUAAAAAAACUUUUUUUCAUUAUUUUUUUCUCAUUAUCCUUGCGCGACCUCCACAUCCUUCAGAAAUUAAUGAAGUAACUCUUUUGAAAAACUCCUGAAAUGUUUCAUACUAACAGAAUACUUGGCGAACCCAAGGAAGAUGAUGAAUCCGAUGGGAUCAGCAGUGGGACAGCUGUGGAAAUGUUUCGCCUGAAAGGCAAAACCGAAACGAUUUCUCGGCGGCUCUGGACAGAUGGCUCCAGCCACCUGUAG